GGCGGGACCAGGGGAGGGGCGGGCGGGCGGCGCAUGCGCGGUGCCUCAGGUGGCGGGCGGCGCGCGCGGCAGUGUCGGGAGCGCGCACGAGGACACUGGAAUUGCCCUUUUUCAGCCAUGGCCGACCCAGAGUUUGUUCUCUGCAAGUGGAAGAGGCGUUUGUGGCCAGCCAAGGUUUUGUGCAAAGCUGGAGUUGCUGGGAGCACUCAUGUCAGCACCACGACGAAGAUGGGAUUUACAGCUGAAAUACUGGGCUUGGAGAAGCAGGUCAGUGUGAGCUCUGCAAACGCUGUUCCACUGACAGAGGAGCGGAUCAAGGCCAUUGCCUCCAACCUGGAGCAAAAGAGCGACGUGAGUGAGGCUGUGGAGGAGCUGCAGUAUCGCUGUUCCCUUAAAAUUGCCCUGGAUAUCCUCACCCAAACUGACCCGGGCAGACAGGCAGCACCUGCAGAAGGGCCCGAUCCUGAGUUACCCCGGGACAGGAGUGGGGGGUCUCCCCCAGCCCCCCCCCCCCCGCAGCAUUUGUGGCGCUCUCGCUCUGCGAAGCUGCAGCCUGAGGCUGCCAAGGGUAAAAGGGAUCCCGACAGGAACUGUAACCUGAGGAAUGCCACGAGAACACGGCUCCUGGGAGGCUCCCUCCCUUCAGGGGACAGUGCCAAAGCCCGUGGAGCUGGAACCAGCCCUGCCAAAGCCCGUGGGGCUGGACUAAACCCUUCCAGGUGUGGUCCCAGGGAGCUGAGGGAUGCCCCAGCCCCUGCCAGUCACAGCUGCAAAGUACCACGGCCGAAAUCGUCGCCGAGACAGAGGAAAAUCCAACCCAAACCAGGGAGUAAAGUCUCCCUUAAGACAAAGGAGGGGAGAAGUCAGCAAGGAAGGAAAAGAUCAUGCAGGGAUGAUUCCCCCCAGGACCAAGCACAGCUGCCCCCUGAGGAGGGGUCUCUGCCUGUCCCCUCUAAAUCUGGCACCGUGGAACCUGCCCAAAGGACUGGAGCCCAACCUGGAAGGACAUUCCUGGAUUCCUCCGGUGAAGGAGCCUCGGAUGAGCUGGAGAAAAGCAUCAGCAGUGAGAGUGAGAGCCUGGCAAAGCAGCUGGAUGGCAGGAGGAAGGCAGAGGGUGGAAAACAGCUGGAUGGGGCAGGUGUGGCCUCGGGCAGAGACAGGAAAUGCAGGAACCACUCUGGAUCCUCACCUGGGCCUUCUGGGGCCUUCCCUCAGCCUCAAGAGCAGGAAAACAAGGAGCCCUCACCCCUGGCUGGGAAUAAAGCAAAGCAGCUGCCUGACUCUGAGGAAGAUGAAGGGCUGGAUCCCUCUGGGAUGUCCUCAAGGGCAGUUUCCUCGGAGAGUUUCCCUCCACUCUCCCCUCUGGCAGAUGAAGAGGAGGAGGAUUUCCCCUGUGUUCUGUCCUGUCAAGUGCCCCAGUCCAUCGAGGAGGGGAUGCUGGUGUGGUGCAAGUUCCGGCGGUAUCCCUACUGGCCGGCAGUGGUGAAGACAGUGAAGCGGAAGCCCCGGAGGGCCUGUGUGCUCUUCAUAGAUGGGACCACAAACGAGAAGAAAAAAGGUUUUUCGGUGUCUCUGAAGACCCUGAAGCACUUUGACUGUGAAGAGAAGCAGGAGCUCAUUGAGCGAGCCAAGGAGAACUAUCCCCAGGAGAUCGAGUGGUGCCUCCAGCUCAUCCGGGACUACUGGGUCCGAGUGGGUUGUCAUUCCUUCACCGGCUCCUUCCUGGAGUAUCUCGCCGCCGACAUCAGCUACCCAGUGAGGAAACAGGGCCACCAGGGUGAGGUGGAAAUGACCUUCCCCAGCACGGCAGAGGAGGAUCUUGGAGAGUCCUCCUUGGAAAAUUCCCCCCAGAAGCCCCUGAGGAGGCUCCUUCCAGACAGGAGCAGAGCAGCCAGGGACAGGGAGAACAAGAAACUCGUGGAAUUCAUAGUGAAGACAAAAGGGGCAGAGGAACAUCUCCGGGGGAUCCUGAAAAGCGGGAAGAAAUCCCGCUGGCUGAAGAAAUUCCUCAACUCCUACUGGUACGUGACCCGCGUGGAGACGUACCUGGAGGAUGAGGAGCAGCUGGAGCUGGUGUUCGAUUACCUGAAGGAGGUUUACAGGGAGAUGGACACGACGAACCUGCGCCAGAUCCUGGGGGACGGCAUCAAAUUCAUCUCGGACGUGCUGCUGCCCGAGGCCAUUAUCUACGCCAUUGCUGCCGUGUACGACAUCGACUACAAGAAGGCAGAAGAGAAGUACAUUAAGGGACCACCUGUGACCAAAAGGGAGAGAGAACUGUUUGAUGAGCAGAUCCGGGCCUGGAAGAAGCUCAAGUCGACCCUGGAGCCUGAGGAGAGCUGAGGGUUGGUGGCCCCCAGGGUGCAAACAGCCAGUGGUGAUCUGUAUAAACGUGCAAUUCUUUCCCAAGCCCCUGUGUGUGCCCCCCAAAGCUGCUCUGGUCUCAGCCCUCCCCGUGCCCCCCCGUGCCCAGCUGCUGCCAGCCCGUCCCCUGUGCCCCUGCCCCGACCCCCAGUGCCCUGGGGGCUCUUUUAGCCAAACAGUGCCCCGGGCAGGGCUGUGCUGGAGAGCAGGGCCUGCUCCCUGUGCAGCCAGAGGUGCCAGCGGGCUCACCCCUCCUGCUUCCCCUGCCUCCAAGUGUGGGAAAUAAAGUUGGUGCCCAGUGCUGCAACCUGA